AUUCUCCCAAUCUUUCUCUCAACACAAGAAAUCUCUGGAAAAAUGACACCAUUUAACGCACGGCCGUCGUCUUUCCGGUUGGCGCUUCUCGUUUUCUCGAUUCUCAGCGUCGGACUGCACGCGGUCGACCCUCCCCUGACGGUGGAUUACUAUGCGUCGACGUGCCCGACCGCGGUCGAGAUUGUGAGGAAGGAGAUGGAAUGUGCUGUGAUGUCUAAUCUGCGCAAUGCGGCCUUGAUACUUAGGCUGCAUUUCCAUGACUGUUUUGUUCAGGGUUGCGAUGGAUCAGUUCUGCUGGAUGAUGUAUUCGGCCUACAAGGAGAAAAGACAGCUUCCAUCAACUUCCAUGCCUUGAAAGGUUUCAAAAUCAUCGAUGGAAUCAAGAACAAGAUAGAGUCGGAGUGCCCUGGCACAGUCUCUUGUGCUGAUAUCCUCACUCUUGCUGCAAGAGACGCGGUUGUUCUGGUUGGUGGACCAUUUUGGGAAGUUCCUCUGGGGAGAAAUGACUCAAAAACUGCAGGCUAUGCUCUUGUAGGUGCAAAUCUACCCGGUUCGGAUGACGGACUCCUCUCUAUCAUCUCCAAGUUUCUUUUCCAAGGCCUCUCUGUCACUGAUAUGGUAGCCCUUUCUGGGGCUCAUACGAUCGGCAUGGCCCGCUGCGUAAAUUACCGGGCAAGAAUUUACGGGGAUUUCGAAACAACUUCACAGCUAGAUCCAUCUGCCGAGACCUACGUGAGCAACCUGAGAUCGACUUGCCCUGCUGCGGGUGGAGGAGAGGACAAUGAAUCUCCUAUGGACUAUGUUACCCCUAACCUUUUCGACAAUACAUUCUACCAUAUACUGUUGAAAGGAGAGGGACUUUUGGACUCUGACCAGGAGCUCUAUUCUAGCGCGUUUGGUGUUGAGACGAAGAAGCUUGUGCAGCUGUACGCCGAGAACCCGGUCGCGUUUUUCGAGCAGUUUUCGAAGUCCAUGGUGAAAAUGGGGAAUAUUACAAAUCCAGACACUUAUGUGGAUGGGGAAGUGAGGAAGAAUUGUAGGUUUGUGAACACAUAGAGGGUGGAAUUUGUUGGUGUCUAAGUAUUUGCUUGAAAUGUCAAGAAGUGAGAGCAAGUAACACAAAAUUUUAUACUGUCAUAGAGAUGUUUGAAAUUGUAAGUGUCCUUUUGGAUCCAUUUUUAUGGUGUUAGAAACGUGUAAACCUUACUUUCAAUGUGCAAGGUUCGAUUCUUAAAAAUA